AUUAAUUUAAUAGGGAGGUGAGGGUAUAGAGUCCGUUGUUGCCCAAAAAUUGAAUUGAUUUGUGCUAAUCCACAUAUUUUUCCUUAUUUCGACUCCUUGUCAAUAUCAAUUUUAGUUGUCAAACUAGGAUCGUAUCACCCAACCAAGGGCAAGUCCCAAAACAGCUUUUAAAACGUUGGUUGAAAAACAAGUCAUACAUUAUUUUUCUAAUUUGAAAUCUAUGUUCAAGUUGAAUUUAAAGUUCUCAUAAUAAAUACUUAUUUUCUUAAUAAAAUAAAGAAUUAUUUUGGAAAUAGAAUGAAUAAUUUUUAUGGCCAAAUGGGAUCCAUAGUUUAUAGCAAAAUUAUGUGAACCAUCUAAAUUCGUUUCCCAGAAGAGUGGAGAUUGAAGUAUCUCAAACGCAAGGGAUACAACUAUGGUAGUAUCAAUUCAAUGGGUCCACAAACACACGUGGCAAUUAGACAGCAGUUGACAUUUUAGCAUAUACACUACCUUAACCAUAUUCCCCCCUCCCCCCUCCCCCCGGGCGGUAAACAAACCAUCACCACCACGAGCUACAGCAGCCUGCCACAGAAGAGCGCGUCAAUCAUAUAAUGGUGGCUCUAUCUAAUAACCAAAUAUUGCUAUCUCUUCCACUCUCUUCCACUCAAUCAGCAACUCCGCGAGAAUUUAACUAGCUCGCUGGUUUUUCUUACAUUCGUCGAAGAGCGUUGAAACACUCACGUGCACAGCAGCAGUACAACUCCUCCUCCUCCUCUAGGAUCAAAAGAUUUCAGCUUGUUAGUGCUACAAAAUAUAAAGCCAGACAGUUAGAGGAUGCUGAGGAGAUGGUGAAUAAGGCUUCCAAUGAUUUAACUGGUAGUCUGGACGAUAAAACUGUUCGCACAGGAAGUCCAUUUUUGGCAAAACUGGCAAUUGUGCUAGGUAUAGCUGCUACAGUUACAUUCCUAGCCAUAGGUCCUAAGCAGCCUAAUCAAGGAUCAAAUUUUGGGAUUCAAUUUUUGGUUGAUGGAUCAUCAUCUUCCAUAACUUCUACACCUGCUCCUCGUUUUUCUUUCAAAGCUUUUGUUUGUAGAGUCAUGCUGCCGGAAUAUGCUCCAGGGCCCUUGUACUUCUCCUUCUUUGGAUGGAUCUACUUUUGGCUUCUGAUGGCAGAUGGUUUUGGACUUUUUAUCAGUGAGGAGGCUUUGAAUAUAUGGGUUGGAAUCUCUAUAGCAUGGAUGCUUGUUCUAGAUGGGACGUGGAAAUCACUAGUGAACUCUUUUUCCAGAAAUGCUCCAUAUAUAACAUCCACUAUUCUCAGGGUGUACUGGUUAGAUAUUUGUAUCAGCGAUAUGAUACCUUUUUACUUUGGGAAGCUUUUUAAGCAAUCUGCUGCAUCCAGUGAUGUUUGCCCAAAGUUAGGGAUCAGAAAUCAGAAGGCAAGAGAUAUCACAAACGCUGUACAAAAAUAUGGGGAUCUCAUUAGGUUUGUGGAACAGUUUUCUCUUGUAGUGAAAAAUCCCACCGCUUUUCCUUGCAGGGGCUCUGAUAUAUCACCAGAGUGUUUCUUUACCGGUUUCUGUUGUGGUGGCUUGAUAACUCUUCCAAUUCAGGUUAUUAAUCAUGUAUUUAAAACAGAUUUCCAGUUUUAAAUAUGCCUGCUUUUCAUGCUUUCAUAUCUCCUUUCCUUUUUCUCCAAAAUGCAGUUGACAAUUGAUUUUUUUGUUGGGUUCGAAAUCGAGAGGGCGUCAUGCAGAAGCUUAAAAUUUGCAAAUCAUGAGACGAUAAAUUAGACGACAAAGAAAACAAUACUAAAAUAUAUUAUUGAUAUUGUUUGGUCAAACGACCUACAUAUCAAAAACUAAUAUUGAAAAAACAUAAAACCUAUUGGGAUAAAUCCUCCCCUAAACAAAGACUCUUUAAUGACUAAAUUGUGGAUGCUAUUGUGUUAUGGUAUAAGAAGGGGUCUUCUAUGUAUAGAUAUUCAAAACCUUUCUUUCAAGAAAGAGGUUAGCUAAAUAUGAAAAAAAAUUAUAUUUUUUUCUUUUAGGAAAACUAAAAGUAAUUAUAAUAAUUUUUAUUUUCCUUCUAAGAAAAAGUAAAACUUUAAUAUAGUAAGA